CAGAGCCAGCCACGACCUCCACCUCGAACUCGCUACAGUGGUGCGUUGCCAGCAUCCUUCACGGGGUGUGAGGCUCUGGAGAUGGAUAAUUUUGCUAUGCAAGCUCCCUGAUAGGAAGUUUGUCUCCCGUGGGUCUUCUUAAUUGAGGGCGAGGGGAGGUGAAUGUCGAUGAUGGGAGACAGAUCUUUGUCGAAUACGAUACGAAUAUGAUGCGAUGCGAUACCUUUGUGCAAGGCAGACUCGAGAGUUGGAUUCGAGCUCGGAUUUGUUCGAAGGGCGAAUACAGGCUGCUUAGGAGGGAGGUUUGACCGGCGCUGCUGGACCUGGGAGGCAUACGACUUGGCCAAUGCCUUGAUGCUCAAUCAGUGUCGGCAUCUACAGUGGCUGCAGUCUGCACUCAACUCUACAGCGCUGGUAAAUACUCCGAAGCCACGGGGGCCAGUGCUACACAACACCAUACAAAUGAGAUAUUACAUAAUGAAUUCAAUCUGCAGCGAUCAAUAUCCAAUUAUUCCAUCAUUAUUUCCUCUUGUCAAUAGGCCGUUCGAUCGCCAAUGCACAAGUAAAGCAGACUUAUCACUAAACUCCCAGAUGCGGAUUUGACAGCGACCCUUCUUGACACCCCGCCUUGACACUACAAUGCGCCGUCGUCUUCCCACACCACCCACUGCCCGAGCAACAUUGCCCAUACCUACUUCCCAGGCAUGUGUAACCCCUAUCCCACCCACACGUCCCAUCCUCACUCGGCGCAAGACAAAGGCCUGCCUGACCUUGACACCUCAAUCCGCAAUAAGCAGGUGUCGAACCACAAUACCCCGCCUCAGAACAACAAGGUCCGAACGUACUGUCCGUACAAACGUAAUUCGUAGCACCACCACAUGUGCCGAGCGGAGAUAUCUGGGUACAUUGUCCGAAGGCGGGUUGGCAGCCUUGAGAGAGCAGACAGAAGGUAGAAUUGAAGCCACAGAAACCAUAGCUGGAACAGCAAGCGCCUUCCCAUGGGCCACCGGAACAGGUUGUAGAUGUUUUGGUUCCGCAAAUGCCGUCCAGGCUUGGUGUUAUGGAUGGAGAUGGAGUGGUGCAAGUUCCGAACUGGGGUUGACAGCCAUGGGAGGAGAGACAGUGGGAUGAUAGAUUACCGCACUGGGAGAAGUCAACUCUAUUAGAGCAGGUCGUGGACAGAUACUGUCCCCUGGGUCACAUAAGAUAGGCCUGUGAUGAGCAGCACGGACCAUAUGAGGAACCAGUGCAAGUGUAUGCCUUUUGGCCGCCACAUGUUCCGUCGGGCGAAGGGAGUGGACCAUUGCUGAUUGCUACUGAGGCAUCGGCAAAUUCUUUUGGAACAGCAAAGAGCGGACUGGCUAACAGAAGGACAGUAAUAGUAAGUGGUACGCAACGGAAAGGCAGCAUAUUGGAGAGCGUAGACAGACAGAAGUCUCAUGGGGCAGUGGAAAGGGAUUGAGGAAGACGGUAUGGCUUUUAUACCGCACUUACCAGUGCUCCUAACUCUUAAAGAAACACUGACAACAUUCAUGGUAACUCGAGUACUCAUACGAGGAGAUACGAAUGCAAGAUGCCGCUGAGGGGCUAUGUGCCACGAGGAUUUAGCAGCCGUCGAGAAUUGCAUGUUGCAUAAAAGAAGAACAAACGUCUCAAGAUCAUGCUUCGUUCAAAUGUAUAAGAUUUCUAAACCAUAUGGCCAAUGGAAUCUUUCUCCAAAUUCGCAUCAUCGCGUCUUGCGUCGUAAUCCGCAUUUGCUGCUACGGAUGGGCCAUGGUAGCGAUAGAAUCACAUGAGAAAUAAAACAUGCAGAUACUCUUGCUGUGGUUAAGUUCAAAUCCUCCCCACAUGACGUCGAUGCACUAUUUACCUAAGUGGCCAAGGCAUGGUUUCAAGCAGAUCAGGGGAGCUUUCCUCCACCUCAACACUUCAGUGUACCUAUCCUUUGCAGUGGAAUUUAUCUUCAUCUACGAGUAGCGCCGCUUAUUUGUUUUCGACACAGGGAUCCACGCUCCGCUUUUUUUUUCAGCCCUGUGAACAAUGUGGCGUUUUGUUGGCUAUGCCUACUUGGGAAAUUUCAUCUCCUUUCUGAGCAUUUUAUCUAUUGGGUCUUGUUUUUGUCUUGUUCUGGCUGUUGUCUUGCUCUUCUUCCAGUUUGUUUUAUUCAACUACAGACGUGGCGUGGUGAGAGUGAGGAUUUUGCACGCCAAUCUAGGAUUUGAGUAUGGUGCUAUUGGCUUGAGUCAGACAGCCCCUUUCCAUGGCAUUUCUCGAUUUCUCGAUUUCUGACGAAGUCUUCGCGACAUGAUCAAGAUACUCCGCUGAUAUUCAUUGGAUUCUUUCAAGCUUAUGGGACAUGUCUUGCUUAAGCCAGCCUCGUUCGUUCGCCGUGCACCAUUUGAGGCUUGGAAUUGGAUCACUUAUCGGAAGCGAGCAAAAGAUCGUCAACUCCAAGAUUCCACCGUCAAAUGGCAGAUACGGAAAUUGCUGGAGCGGCCCGCACCUUUUAGUGUCAUCGAAUCGGAGCAUAUCCCACUUCAUUCGGGUUUUCAGCUCCUGCAAGAAACUGUAGUUGGUUAGUACCGUGUCAGAAACCCCGCUGUGUUUCCCGAUAUGUCGGAAUGACUUCGUUCAUCCCGAAAAAUGAAAUCAUACGAAUAUAAGUUCUAUGCCUCUCCUCCUCCUGAAGUUUCCUUUCCAAUCAGUUCAUAGCCAGUCUCACAGUAAUGGCUUCCACAUACGACAAGACCUUUGUCUCCACAGAAGUCGAUGCCCAGCCCAAGAGACUUGUCAUCUGCUGUGACGGGACUUGGCAGUCAGCAACUUCUCUGGACCCGACAAAAGGGUGUUCAUCCAAUGUUACGCGCUUAAGCAGAGUUCUUGCAAAUGCUGGAAAGGACAAGGAUGGCAAGGAAUGGCAGCAAGUGGUCUACUACGACGCAGGAAUUGGGACUGGCGAUAUUGCUGACACAGAGAAGAAGCGACAAGGUGGGUUGGGAAUUGGAUUGAUCGAGAACAUUCUUGAAGCCUAUAACUUCCUGGCCAACAAUUAUCGAGCAGGCGAUCAGCUUUUCUUUUUUGGCUUCUCACGAGGUGCAUAUACCGUUCGUGCUACAGCUGGACUUGUCUGCCAGCUAGGUGUUUUGAAACCUGCAGCGAUGCCCGUUUUCAUCUCAAACUAUAACGACUAUAUCCACAGGAAAGAUGGCGUCGAGGAAGCCUUCACCGAAUACCCUCCAUGGAAGAAGUUCAGCGAUCAAGGAGGACACGUUAUUGCCCCUCCAGCCGAUAUCAAAGUCCAAGUGAUUGGUGUUUGGGACACAGUUGGAGCUCUAGGUAUUCCUGAUCUAGGGCAUUGGUUCAAGUGGUACAAGGCAGAUAAGAAAGCAUAUCAAUUCUACGACACGUCGUUGAACGACAACAUUCUACACGCCUACCAAGCCCUAGCUCUCGACGAGCGCCGAGAAUCCUUUGCCCCUGCUAUCUGGAAACUUAGACCACCACCACUUAUAGAUCCCAAGGGUGACCCACGAGGACCUCGACAAAGACCCAAAACGGCUCUUUGCCAGUGCUGGUUCCCAGGCGCACACAUCAAUGUCGGUGGAGGUAGCUCAGCGAACGCGGGCAAGAACCCAAAAGGCGACAGAGAACAACUUGCCUCGGUUAGCUAUGCUUGGAUGCUUGACCGAAUCCGCCCUCAUCUGGCACUAUCCGAAUCCGCCCUCUCCUUCCAAAUUGCCGAAUUCAAGAGGAUGGCAGAAGCAGAUACGCCGUCUGAAGAAAGUUGGUCGAUCUGGAAUGCGCCUAGAAUCGUCAAAAACAUCAUUUCGGACACUACGAACAAAGUGUUGCCAGCUGGGUACGGACUUGGAGAGAUUGAUGACAGUCACACACCUUUGUACUGGCUGAUGGCUUUCCCGAAGGAACGGGAGCCGAACUUUUACAAUAAGACUGGGAAGCAGAUCGCAGUAGAGGAGCAGUGGUAUACUGUUGAGCGAAUUCAUCCCAGUGUGCAUUAUCGCCAGCAGGCACAGUUGAGUCACGGUCUUGAACCGUAUAUACCAGCAGCCCUCCAGGGAUGGGAAAGGAAGGAAGAACUACACGGAGAAGGAAGGGACGGUGCGAGAAAGGGGUGGAAAUGGAUCAAAUUCAACGAAAAGAGGGAGAGGCUUGAUGAGAUGUGGGAAUUUGAGAUCGGCAAUUUCCCUGAGGGAAUGAACGUGGAGAAAAGACUCAUUGACGCCAGCCUGGUGAAGGACUAUCACGAUGAGGCGAGUGAGGUGUGGAAGAAGUAAGGGCAUUCCAACAUUGUGCAAGAAUGACUGCUGGCAACCAAGAUUGACAUUGGGUGGAUACCUGGACGACUGGAACUAUACAAUUUACUAUUUCAAGAUCUGGGACAAGCCGCCGUGUCGAACAACCAGUGCGUCCAAUCUGUCAGCCCACUCUAUCUCACCACUUUGACUUAAUAAUCUCAAAAUCACUUGGAUCAUUUCUCGCAGCCGUGAUAUCGAUCUCGAAGUGACC